GAUGGCUGGAUUAAUUGGUGAUUUUUGCGUUGGAACUGCCAUAAGGAAGACUCAAACUUAUAAAAAAGUGUUGAGAAUUUGUAAUAUCUUAGUGACUGUACAAUUUGGUAUGCUCAUUCUAGCCCUGCAUGUAAACAAAGUAUUCUUCUUUAUUGUUUAUUUUUUUUUGUGUGGAAGCUCUGCCAUUAUGGCUUUGGCUUUUGAAUUCUCUUGUGAAUUUGUUUUCCGAAAAUACUACAAUUGCUAUGUUGGGACUCUUUGGUAACCUUCUUAAUUUUUGAAAGGAAUUCCUGAAAUCUUAAUCCUUAAGGUAUCUAGAGUCCUUGAUUUCUUUAGGGAGGCAAUUAGUUAUGUUCCACUUUGGCUAUGA